ACCAACCUCAAACCAGGCAACUUGUCAAAAUUCUUCCUCGGUAACUCGGUGUUUAUUUAUUUCCACAACUAAAAUUAGAAUGUCUUUCCAACCUUAUGAAUAAAAGCUCAACUCAUUCCGAGUUCUAGACUCCGCGAAUUAGCUCUUCCGCUUGUUCUUCCACAAUGAAGUCCAACACCACCAAAGAAAAUAUAGUCGUGGAAAACUUCAUUGUGCAUUACAUGCUAAGUUUCAAACACCUUUGUUUAGUGACGGUAUCGUGCCCCCUUUUAGCCCUUAUUAUCUGUUUCGUAACUGCCUACAUUUUCCAACCGGACGACAUCCACGAAACCCACUGUCGUGUUUAUAAUAUCAUACCGUCAAUAAGCGCAAUCACGGGGAUCAGCCCCCAGAGGUACUUGUGGCGAAUCAGCGUUGCAUUUCACAUUGGACCAAGAUUUAUCAUCGCCGCUGUACACAAAUCCUAUCACUUGAAUCUCAUCAAUGCAUCCUCGAAGUACCACGAAAAGGCCAAGUGGUGGCUGAAUUUCGCCUUCUGGCUGAAUGUUCUGGAAAUUGGGUCGCUGUGCGGCGUCACGUACAUUUCAAACAGGGAAAACUAUCCAAUUCAUGAAAAACUGUUCAUAAUUUUUAUGGUGAGCAGCCUCAUGCACAUGCUCGCCUGCAUCAAGGGUAUAAGAUGGGUGGCGGAAACGAAUAACGAUCUCGAACGUGUUCAAAGAGGUCUUUUGAUUAAAAAAAGUCUCCUAAUUCUGUCACUUGUCAGUACGGUGGGACUUGUUGCGUUUUUUCUCAAACAUAGAUUGUUGUGCCACGUUAUGGCUUUCAGUUGGUUUGCAUUUUGCGAAUACAUAAUCGCGUUGGCCAAUAUGGCGUUUCACGUGACCGUGAUUUUGGAUUUUCCUACCGAACAUUUAGUCGUUGCAAAAGGAUUACAACAUGUAACUAAAAAUAACAAGUUUGAUUGAAACAUGAUUGUUAUGAGCUAGUCAAUUAUACUCUCUUUUUCUUAGUUUCUAAGUAAAGUGUUACAUUCCAUCUAGUGUUGUGAUUAUGAUAUUGUUUUUACUUUUUUUCUAUUGAAUCUCAUUACAGCAGACGACUGCAUUUUACAACUCUUGCGUUUUAUGAUUGAUUUCAAACAGUGGAUGAGUCUUAUUUUUGAUAACUGCCUAAACCUGUAAUUAUUGGUAAAGUGUAUACUAAAUUUUAACGAAAGUUCGUAUUUUAUAUAAAUUAUUGGAUAAAUUUUAACUUUUAGCAAUAGUUCGAGCUCGAAUUUGUGAGAAGUUUGCUCAGUACAUUGCUUUGUAGUUUUUAGUCAUGAAGAAAUGGGGGUUACACUAAUCAGGCGUUGAUAAAUCAUUUUUCUCACAAUUAUUUUAGUAAGCUUGGCUCCUAAUCGGGAGAAUUUCGUAGGCUUAGGAUUAAAUAGGAUUUGUCUCAACCCGAAUUGUCUUCAAUAAAAUUAGAUUUUAAGUUCCACUCUUGUACGCUUUAAUUUUCUGAAUGAAGUUGACCUAGUCAUUUGAAAUGUAUACAUAUCAGUUGUUUGAAUAAAACACAAAAUGAACUCGU